CGAAACGACGACAGCCGCAUUCGCCCCGCAAGUCACCGUGGCAACGAAAACCGUGUAGAAUCGCGUUCGGUUUAGUAAUGGGCUUUACGAAAACCGUUACCAUGUACCUUCUACUACGAUAUCAGUUCGAUGUGAACCGACGAACUACCCUCGUAACAGUGGCCGUUCUGGGAUCAAUGUUCACCCUAGUUUCUUGUCACAGCUCUAGCUUUCAGUGUCUGACACUGCUGAUGCUACCGCAGAUCCUUAGCAAAAGAGGAAGAGCAUCCAUGAUAGCGUACACGUUUGUACUGGCCAUAAAUGGUCCAGCUAGGAAUGCUAUUGCGAACAUAGAAGUCGUUGGAAAGGCGAUUACUUGUGGUCAACAGCAGUUACGGCUUACCAUCCAGGAGGUACUACAGGAAGCCAAGGUGCCUUUCAUUGCACUGAAAAAGGCAAUCGGGAAAAUUCUGGCCGCGGUCGAAAAUACUUUUGCGAAAGUUCAAAGCGUCCUAAUGGAGGUUCUCCGAUUGAUAAAGAGAAUACUUAGUAGCAUCAGAGCCGGAUAUCAGUGGCUAUCGAACGUCGUUGCUUUGUGUAAUAAGAAGAAUGGCACUCCAUUCGAUCGAUGUUUCAAGGCACUGGAAUCGGCGGCAGAAGACUGUAAAAAGCGAAUUCACGGAAUAGAGCUUCUAUGUGAAGUGACACAUGUGGCAAAAGUGGUCUGUUACAGUGUCAAACUCAUUGAUUACAUGUGUGAGCUAAUAGAUUUUGCUAGUGACACAAUUAUCGAAGAUAUUGAACGAAAACUACAAGAAUUUAUGUACAACAUGACGAUCAUGUUUGCUGUAAAGGUUGAUUUCGAUCACACAUUUGCUUUCAAAACCAAUUCAACGAAAAGUUUCUCCCAAAUCACCAACGAAAUCGAAGAAGAAAUUCGCCAUAAAAGCAAGAGUUUGUUUACACUGUUCAAUAUUCACAGCGUUAUUUCAAGCUUCUGUUUCGUUUGUAUUAUCAUUAGAUCCAUAAGAUACAAACUGAAAUAUCUCACCAAAGACCACUUCGACAACUGUUACCUCAGUCGAGACUUCGAACGAAUCGACGAACGGCGUAAAACUUUGGGCCGAGAUUCGGUACUGCCACUGACCCAAGCAGAACGCACCCGAUACAUAGGUCUAACGUCAGCAUCACUGACUCGUAAGGAGCAGCUUCGAAUCGCACGGAAUGCAGUUUUUCUCUUCGUCUCAUCUGUCCAAAUUAUGGGACUGCUCAGUGCCGAUUACUGCCUGUACUGGUUGCUGAUCACGAUUCGUUAUGCCACCCUCCGUCAAGCCGGCAUCGAAACGCCUCCGAUGAUCACACUGGAAGUGAGUGGAUGGGGUAUGGUAGCCGAUAUGUAUCGUGGUAUUGUGGGUGCCUUCGAACCCAUGGUCAAGCAUCUGGGAAUUCUGGAUCCAGUUCUGUGCGCACCGGAACCGCAUCGACCAAAUCUUACUCGAUACUUGCAGAUUUGUUUGAUUUUACUUUUUUGCUGGCUGUGUAUUGUUUUGGAACCAUACGGACUACGUGUCCGGCAGUUGAUCAUGAAAUUAUACUACCCGAGCAGAGCACGCGAAAGAACCGCCUGGUUAUACAACGACAUUCUACUGAAAAGGGAGAACUUCAUUAAAAUUAUCCGAAGACAACGAUUUUGCAAUAAAAACGGUUCCGUCCAGGAAAACGCGAAUUGGAUGGAUGUUAUCAGAUCCAAAACAAACCGAUUUUGGAUUUGUCGCAAAAUCUUCGGAAACAGUGGAGGGAGAAGAUGCAUUCAAUGCGGCACUAGACUGACGAAAGAUGACCUGAUCAGCUGCCUGCGUCCUGGAUGUCCGGGGGUUUAUUGCUAUGAAUGCUGUCUGGAUGUCCAGUAUGUAUGCUCGAUUUGUUCGGAACGCUUGGAUUCGGAGGAUGCGAGUAAUGAUUCCUUUGAAAAGUAA